AGCCAGCCAGCCAGCAAGCCCUCCUGGCAGCUCCAGUCAUCUGCCUCUCUCCCACCCCUCCAUUUCUUCCCUUACUUUUAAUGGAGCCAUAUUUUCUCGAGUCAGGCUGUGGCUGCUGAUCUGUGCUUGUCAAUACGUUUCCUCUUGUUAAUUUUCUGCUUGGAUAGGUCUUUUUGUUCCUGCUCUGUCCUAUACACAGAAAACUGGAAUGUACCAAAACCACACUAAAGACACCAACAACAACUGCCAAAAAAGCCUUCUCUGUGGUCAAAAGGAAAAGCUCAUCCAGGCUAUUAAAAGAAUCAAGCAUGAGGUAGAUGAGUGCAGAGAAGCAGAAAGAGAGACAUACAUAGAAUCAGUGGAAGUAGAGAACAGGUUUGAUGACCUAGAAAGGGAAAUCAGAGCAGAGUUUCAGAACCUCCACCGCUUCCUGGAUGAGGAGGAGUGGAGGGACCUGGAGCGACUGAGGAGGGAGAGACAGAAGCAACUGAAACAGCUGAAGGAGAGAGAGAAGAAGAUAGCGGGGCAAGGGCGAGACCUGGAAAAAGCCAUCGCAGUGCUCAACAACAAGCUGACUGAGGAGGACAGUCCUAAGCUGAUCAAAGAAAUUCAAGAUCUCAUUAAAAGAUCUCAGGUCAGCUUUGUUCUCCCAGCGGAGGUGGACACAGAGGUUCGCUCUGGCCAGUUUGUCGGUCCCAUCCAGUACAGAAUAUGGAAACACAUGAAAAGCUGCCUCUACCCAAAUAUUACAUCAGUGACCUUUGACCCUGAAACAGCACACCCGAAUCUGACUCUCUCCCAGUCCUGCACUUCAGUUUGGUUCGAUGAGGAUAAAGACACAAAAGACUUCCAGGCCAACCCGCGGCAGUUUCACUAUUACUACUGCUUGCUGGGCCGUGAGGGCUUCACCACAGGGCGACACUACUGGGAGGUCGAGGUUGGGAGCAAGACGGCGUGGAGGCUGGGUGUGGCAAGAGAAGACGUCCCAAGAGGGGAGAUGUCUGCCACAGGCACCUCCAACGGCCUGUGGACCUUGGCACUGAAGAGCGGCUCUAUCCUAGCCUGCAUUGACCCAGACCCGAUAAAGAUCAAGGUGUCGCUCUGCCUCGUCCGCAUUGGCGUGUUCUUGGACUGUGAAAAGGAGGAGGUGACUUUUUAUAAUGCCCUUACCAUGGCACCAAUCUACACCUUCUCCAUGGGCACUGUGGAGGUUCCUCUGUUUCCCUUCUACAACCCAUGUGACACAGAUUAUGGAAAGAAUACGGCACCACUGAACAUCUUUAUCCCUUCCCUAUAAGAAGCUGUUCAGCUGGAACCGAACAUUAAGACAUUUGCAGAAUUAAUUGCCAAUGAUUUCAUCAUGAUUUUUCAUUUUUGAAGCACCUCUCCAACGGGAUUACUUAACAUCUUACUCAAAAGUAUAAUAGCUAGAUGAGUCAAAAAUAAAAUUAAUAGUUGCUACAGUGAUUCUAUUGUGUCUCUCAUUUUAAGAAGAGAGUCCCUCUCAUUGAUUAUGCACUUAUUUCCUGGUAAAAGAGGGUAUAAAUGGAAAAACUCAGUUUAUGAAAUAAACACAGGUCACUGCUUCUGUAACUUUCCUUCACUCUUUAAGGUUGUCAUUUGCAGCCAGUCUGGAGCUUCAGGAUCCACAGCAGAUGUAAACAGAGCUGUGAUGUUCUUACCUUUGGCCUACAUAUAAAUAGCUCUGUGUCCUGUGUCCUGGGGCAGCUAUGGAAGCUCAAAACGCACCAGAGGGGAUUAAUGUUGCCAGAAAGUGACACGUGUUCCCCACAACAAAUCACGGCUGGCAUUGUGUGAGAUCUCCGCUUGGUGGGAUAGCCCUGAGACGGCACUGUCCUUCUGAAAAGUUGUUAAUUGCAGAGAAAGAAAAACUAAGACAGCAAGGCAGCAGAUGUCAUAAUCUUUUGUUUAUUCUUAGUAUUCCUUUAGACAUGAAAUAAAGAUAUUGUCUUUACAAAACAUCUGUGUGAAGUGUUGUGCAAAAAGGGAGUACAGAGAGAGAGAGAGAGAGACCAUGUGAGACAUCACACCACAACCAGGCCAGGAGCAGGAAUUAGAGAGGAUCAGAGCAGAGACAACUCACAUAGUGCAAGGAGUACCAGUGGUCUUAAAAGUGGUGGGGGUUUUCUCUAAUCAGAGGUGGGUAUGAAACCACAAUCCCUCUGGCACCAAUUAGCUGUAAUAACUCUUCCUUCCACUCACCGUCUGCCUCUCUCACACUCAUACUCACUCUAAGUGGCUUUCUAUUGCAAUCACUGACAGCACACAGUAGUGGCGUUGUGUGGAAAUGCAGUUUUAGCCACCUCUCAUUAACCACUCACAACAACAUAACCCAAACCCACACAAAGCUUUGUCAUUCAUCUGCUGCUAUCAUGAACUCACUCACAAACUCCAAACUAACCCAUAGACACUGUUAAUGGAAACAUGCUUUGCUUGCCUAUGCUGCCUACAAUUAAAUCAGACUCUUUUCAUCUCUUUUAGAGCCCAACCAACAAAAGAGUUUAAAGAUCGGAAGCAAUACUUGGUGAUUUAAAAAUGCUUUUUUCUUUCAGACACAUCAAUCAUAAACAG